GUUGUACCUACCACAGCUUUGCAAGGGCGUUUGUUGGCUGCCUACUGGAGUCCUCUUCAUCGCAUUUCGUGUUUUUGACCCUCGCUCAGAUUUUGUUUUGAGUUUUGGAUCCACAAACCUUCUUCCACAACCUUGUCUUGGGCAGCUGUAAUCUCCCUCUGUAUCUCAGUUUCCAACGCUCGCAAUGUCAGUACUCUCACCGAUUCAGCCAAUCAACUUGCCUGACAACCUCGCAUCCUAUGAAUCCAAUAUGCAGCACAUGCAGCAGAGCAUGCCGACGGAGUCAAGUAUGGCAAGCGUGAGCCAUGGCUCUCCAGGAGCAGAGAAGCUCACACCGAAUUUCCCUGCCAAAAAGAAGACGACUCGCAGGUUUAGGAUCACGGACCUGCCUGACAACUAAGUCAGAACAUCACAUUUCAAGUUUACAUGUACAUUCCGAUUUUGCUAGUCUGACACAUCAAAAGAUCGAAGCUCUUCGCGCGCGCACUCUUCAGCCCAUGGCAGCAUUGUUACACCUUGUUUUUUUUGUUUUUCAAUGGCUUCAUGGCACUGAAAGUGACCGGCACCUCCUCUAAUGCUAUUUUUCGACAUUCACAACUUUCGACUUUGUUGUGCACUCGUUUCUUCCAAUUUCCCAAGUCACUGUAAACAUUACCGCGAAGAUGU